AUGGCACAAGUGGACUCCCAGGACAGGUGGGGCAAGAUGGCUCUUGGCAGCUUGACUCAUGACACUCAGAUGCUGACCAUGAACUUAGAGAGUGAGAAUGAGGACGGUGGGGAAGAAGGAGAUAAAGGGGACCCAGGUGAGGUGGCAGCCCUUCCAAUGGGCAGCUGCCCAGUAACCCAGGACAAUCCUUGCUUGCAGUGGCAGCAUCCAUCCUGCAAGGAGGAAAAGGAAUUCUCUAACUCCUUCAGUGCUGGGGACAAGGGGGAGAUGCCUGGGAAGAUGGCCAGCAGGGAAAGAGAGGAAUCAGAGAUCACGAAAACUCAGGACUCCCCUGGUACAGGCACUGCUGCUCUGGCUGCCCUUCCCAGCAGCCUAUCACAUAAGUUAUUAGGUCGGACACAAGAUCCUAGUGACGAUGGAGACUCAAAGGCAAACCAGGACGCAGCGUUGCACGCCUCAUCCAGCUUUCUGAGCACUGGAGAGUAUUUCUGUGCGCAGAAAAAUGUAGACACUUCCCAAGACAACUCUCUCGAGAAUGUCCCCAGGGCGGAGAGCAGGUGGGACUUUUCCAGAAGGGAGACACCAGUUCAAGCGUCGGCCACCUCAGCCAGCCUGGCAGUAGCAGUGUUGGCAAAAGUGCACAGCAGCACCAAAGACCAGAACGGGGAGCGCACGGGAGAGAGCCUGCAGGUGGAAGCGCGUCCCCGUGGGUGCCAAAGGAGCGGACGUGCCUUCCUCAAGCCCAGCAAGUUGCCCAGCCCUGCGGAGCGCAGCGCCCCUAAGCCCUACGCGUGCGAGCUGUGCGGGAAAGCCUACUCCCAUCGCGGCACGCUCCAGCAGCACCGGCGCCUGCACACCGGAGAGCGGCCCUACCGGUGUCCCUUCUGCGAUAAGGCCUACACCUGGUCCUCUGACCACCGGAAGCACAUCCGCACCCACACUGGUGAGAAACCAUACCCGUGCCAGGACUGUGGAAAGGCCUUUGUGCGCUCCUCGGACCUGCGCAAACACCAGCGCAAUUUGCACAGCAACAACAAGCCCUUCCCGUGCGUGCAGUGCGGCCAGACCUUCAACAAGCCGCUGUCGCUGCUGCGCCAUCAGCGCACGCACCUGGGCGAGAAGCCAUUCCGCUGCCCCUCCUGCGACCGGGAGUUCGCGGUGGCCAGCCGCAUGGUGGAGCACCAGCGCGUGCACUCUGGAGAGCGGCCCUUCCCUUGCCCCACCUGCGGCAAGUGCUUCACCAAAUCUUCCAACCUGUACGAGCACCAGACGCUGCACACCGGCCAGAGGCCCUUCAAGUGCGCCGACUGCGGCGUGGCCUUUGCGCAGCCCUCGCGCCUAGUGCGCCACCAGCGCAUUCACACCGGUGAGAGGCCCUUUCCUUGCACGCAGUGUGGCCAGGCCUUCGCCCGAUCCUCAACCCUGAAGCGGCAUCAACAGAUCCACUCCGGGGAGAAGGGCUUCCUGUGUGCUGAGUGUGGCAAGUCGUUCCGCAUUGCCUCCGAGCUGGCUCAGCACAUUCGGAUGCACAAUGGGGAAAGGCCCUACCAAUGUGAGGACUGUGGCCAGGCCUUCACCCGCUCCAAUCACCUCCAACGACACCGAGUCAAGCAUGACACCUGUAAGAAAGAGCCCAUUCCUCCUUCCUCUGACGAGUGA